CUUGAAGUUUGCUAUAAAUACCUUUGCCAUUCAAUCCCCUCUGGUCAUCAUCAGCUCACAGCUGAAUAACAAAGCUUAAGUUGUAGAGUUUUUUGGUAAGAAAUGAGGAGUCGCGGUGGUGGCCUCACCAGAGGUCGCCGGUUGCCACACAUCUUGGUGGUGUUAGCCUUGUUGGCUAUCUCUAAUGUAGUUUCUGGAGACACUAGUUAUUCGUAUUCUUCACCUCCGCCUCCUGUGUAUCAAUACAAAUCUCCUCCACCACCUUCUCCGUCUCCACCACCUCCCUAUGAGUAUAAGUCUCCACCACCGCCUUCACCUCCACCACCAUCCACUUAUUACUACAAGUCUCCACCACCCCCAUCUCCAUCACCACCACCACCACCAUAUUACUACAAAUCUCCUCCUCCCCCAUCACCAUCACCCCCGCCACCAUACUAUUAUAAGUCUCCUCCUCCACCAUCUCCAUCUCCUCCCCCACCCUACUAUUACAAAUCACCACCUCCCCCAUCACCAUCACCCCCGCCACCAUACUAUUAUAAGUCUCCACCACCCCCAUCUCCAUCGCCACCACCACCCUACUACUACAAAUCUCCUCCUCCACCCUCACCAUCUCCUCCCCCACCCUACUAUUACAAAUCUCCACCUCCUCCAUCACCAUCACCCCCGCCACCAUACUAUUAUAAGUCUCCACCACCCCCAUCUCCAUCACCGCCACCACCAUACUACUACAAGUCUCCACCACCCCCAUCUCCAUCGCCACCACCACCUUACUACUACAAAUCUCCUCCUCCACCCUCACCGUCUCCUCCUCCACCAUACUUUUACAAGUCCCCACCUCCUCCAUCACCAUCACCCCCACCACCAUACUACUACAAGUCUCCACCACCACCAUCGUCAUCUCCUCCACCUCCGUACUACUAUCAAUCCCCUCCUCCACCAUCCCCAUCCCCUCCACAACCAACAUACAUUUACGCUUCUCCACCCCCACCAACCAAGUACUAAGCUUUAAUUGCUCUUCCGCUAUGUUUUGUAUACCAGAUCUUCCAUCCAAUAGUUGUGGAAUAAAUGAAGGCCUCAAGAAAGGAAGAUUCGGACAUCAUUUAAUAUAAUUUAUUUGUGAAAUUAAGGAUCCGUCCUCAUUGCAUUUAACAGCUUUGUUUCUUAAUUACAAUGUAGACCAACUUAUGUCUAAUUUUUUUUAUUAAUAUCUUUCCCAUAAUAUAUCUUAUUGUAUCAUUUUAUAUGAAAGAGGUUUGAAAGAGUUAUUCAUUUCCAUGAGAUCAAAAUUUGAUUG